UGCCACCGGCUGUCCCACGGGGGCCUGGGGCGAAGCAGCGGCUCGACAGUGAGAUUUUAAUCCGGUUACAGGGGAUUAACGUGACGGUUUAAAGGCCGGGGAAGGGGUACCAGGAGUACCGGAGAGGAAGCGGCCGCCGCCGAGCAGCGAGACAGCCCGGACGGCACCGUACGAUGCCAGCCAUCAAUAUCGAGGACCUGAGCGAGAAGGACAAACUGAAAAUGGAAGUGGAGCAGCUCCGCAAAGAAGUGAAGCUGGAGAGGCAGCCGGUAUCCAAGUGCUCCGAAGAGAUCAAGAACUACAUCGAGGAGCGGUCGGGCGAGGACCCGCUGGUGAAGGGGGUUCCCGAGGACAAGAACCCUUUUAAGGAGAAGGGAGGUUGCGUCAUCGCUUAGAAGGCAGCCAGCGCCUGCCACCGGAGCAGACACUUGUACCCUUGGGAGUCACUAGCGUGUCCCCGCCGCCACCGGUCCUUGAUGCACGACCACAGGAGCCGAUUUCUGGCCUUUGUUGCUGU